CGCCCGCGCGAUGGAGCUCUCGGCCGCCUGGCACGCCCUCAGCACCGGCCUGGUGCCGGCCGCCGCUCUGGGGCUGGGUCCGGAGGGCCCGGAGUCCCCGGCGGCGGGGGACGAGCUGCGGGCGGCGGCGGCGGUGCUGGCUCGCCACGGGCUGCUGGCGGCGCUGGAGGAGUGGCUGCUGGAGGUGCUGCAGCGGGACCUGCAGGCCCGGCUGGCGCCCGAGUUCUGGGGCCGGGCCGGCGGGGAGCCGCCGUGUCCUCGGCGCCUGCUGGAGGCCUUCGGGCUCCUGCGCCGCCGCCUGGAGCCCUACCUGCGCGGCCUGGGCCUGCUGGAGGAGUGGGCGCGGCCGGCGGGGCGCUGCUGCCCGGGCGUCCCGCGCGAGAGAGCCGGGGCCCUGCUGCGCGCCGUCCUCUUCUCCGCGCCCCCCGCCGACUUCCGCCAGGCCGUCCGCCGCUUCUACGGGCGCAGCUUCCGCAUCUACAUGCGGCAGCACGGCGGGGCCGAGGAGGAGGCGGGAGGCGGCGGCGGGGGUUGCGGCUGCGGGGAGGAGCGCUGCUGCUGCCCGCUGGCCAUGGAGCAGUUCCAGCAGCUCAACGCCAUCCUGGGUCGCGCCUUCUCUGCCCUGCCCCAGUGGAUCGACAAGGUCAUCGGCUGGCUCAGCCGAGUCUUUCUGCAAGAAAGCACCGUGGGGCUGCCCGGCCCGGCUGCCAGCAGCACCCUGAAGCGAUGGCGCUGCCACGUCCAGAUGUUCUUCUACCGCCUGUAUGCCAGCAUGCGCAUCGAGGAGCUCUUCAGCAUCAUCCGCGAUUUCCCGGAGUCGAAGCCUGCCGUGGAAGACCUGAAGUACUGCCUGGAAAGGACCAACCAGCGGCAGCAGCUCUUGACUUCCCUGAAAAGCGCCUUGGAACUGCGGCUCCUGCAUCCCGGGGUGAACACUUCAGACAUCAUCACCCUUUACAUCUCUGCCAUCAAAGCCCUGCGGGAGCUGGACUCUUCCAUGGUGAUCCUGGAAGUGGCCUGUGAGCCCAUUCGGAAGUACUUGAGGACCAGGGAGGAUACCGUGCGGCAGAUUGUGGCCGGCCUGACAGGGGAUGCGGAAGGAUCGGCCGACCUGGCCAAUGAGCUCUCCAAAGCCGACCCGGUGACGCUGGAGAAUGGCCAAGAGAGCGAGGACGAUGCCUCUGAACCCGAGGACUGGGUGCCCGAUCCGGUCGAUGCCGAUCCCGGGAAGUCCAGUUCCAAGCGCCGCUCCUCGGACAUCAUCAGCCUGCUGGUGAGCAUCUACGGCAGCAAAGACCUCUUCAUCAACGAGUACCGGACGCUGCUGGCUGACCGCUUGCUGCAUCAAUUCAAUUACAGCGCCGAGAGGGAGAUCCGAAAUGUGGAACUGUUGAAGCUGCGCUUCGGAGAGGCCCAGAUGCACUACUGUGAGGUCAUGCUCAAAGACAUGGCAGACUCUCGGCGCAUCAACGCAAACAUCCGCGAUGAGGAGCAGAAGCUGCCCGAGCAGGAAAGGCCUCCCUUCAGCCUUGUGGCCAUCAUCCUCUCCAGCGAGUUCUGGCCCCCGUUGAAGGAGGAGAAACUGGAGCUCCCGGCGCAGAUCAAGGAGGCCAUGGAGGCCUACGCCAAGAAGUACGAGAAGCUGAAGGCCAUGAGGACCUUAAACUGGAAGCAUCACCUGGGCUUGGUGAACCUGGAGGUGGAGCUGGCGGACCGGACGCUCUCCCUGUCUGUGUCGCCGGUGCACGCGGCCGUCAUCCUGCACUUCCAGGACAAAAGCACGUGGACCUUGGAGGAGCUGAGUGAAGCUCUGAAGGUGCCUGCGGCCUCCCUGCGGCGCAAGAUGACCCUCUGGCUGCAGCAAGGCGUGCUGAGGGAGGAGCCCCCUGGGACCUUCACGGUGAUCGAGGAGGAGCUGAAGGACCAGACGGAGAAGGUGGUGCUGAUCGAUAGCGAUGAGGAGGGGGAUUCGGCCAUGGCCUCCCAGGCGGACCAGAAGGAGGAGGAGCUGCAGCUCUUUUGGACCUACAUCCAGGCCAUGCUGACCAACCUAGAGUCUCUCUCCCUGGAACGCAUCCACAGCAUGCUGAAGAUCUUCGUGAUGACCGGCCCCAUGGUGACCGAGAUCGACAUCCAGGAGCUACAGGUCUUCCUCCAGAAGAAGGUCCGGGACCAGCAACUCAGCUACUCGGGGGGUGUCUACCGCUUGCCCAAAAGCUGCAACUGAGGGCGGCACCUGAUGGGUGUGGGUCACCCUUGGACUAUGGCCUGGCAGGGUGCUGCCUUGGUGCAUGUGGCCAGUGUGUGUGUGUGUGUGUGUGUGAGUGUGUGUGUGCGGCCCCAGAGACUGCUAGCAAAACGUUUUUUGUUUUGAUGGAUUUCCUGGUUCAUAAUAAAGUGGCUUCCCUUGGAGCCAUUGGGACGGCGGUGUAUUUUUUUUCCUCCGUGAAUCGGGCCGGCUCGC